AUGGCCGACGAGGGCGAUGAUGGAGUGAUUGACCAAAUGGAGGAGAAUAGCAACAAGAAAACGACCUAUUUUGUCGUCGAUGGCUCGAAGAGAAUGUUUGAGGACGAUCCAUCCGGUGAACCCUAUGGGAAGGACUGCUCUUUUGCUCGUGCCAUCAACGCAAUCUACUCAUUUUGUGUUCGCCUUUGCGUCACCGAGGAAGCACUUCGACAUUUGGUUGGUGUUCUUGUCGUCAACACGACCUUCACUGAAACCGAUCCUGAGAUUGCGAUGGGAGCUGAAAAUAUGAAGCACAUUUUUCCGAUCGGUGUGCUCGACAAGGAAAGAGUUCUGGAAUUGGAAGGACUUGUCAAUGGAGGAGAUUUGGAGAAUCUUUUCGCUGAGCUCUUUGGCGGACACACUACAUGCAAUUAUCAGAAAAUGGCCAGCUACAGCAAGUUGAACAUUUCCUAUAGCAGUGGCACGGCACGGCGAUUCACUUCAUGGGUUCAUUUCACGAAUCAAGUCAACCCAUUUGGUGAAAAUUUCAAAAAUCAUGAUGAAUACCGAAGAAUGUUGAGAAAUCUUCACGAUAUUGAGGGAAGAAAGCCGAAUGAGUUGGAUACACUUCGCCGCCCACUGCGCGGAAAAUGUAGCAUCUUUGUUUUGGGCGAUUCGAACAAAUUGGAUGAUUCGGACUUGACAAUGUGGCGCACAGUCGAUGAGGACGCCGAUAUCUACGAUAAAGACUUUGAGACACUCAUUUUUAAGCGAACUGGCGCUCUUCGAGCUCAUUCGAUUGUUCCAUUUUCAUUAGGACCAAAUCUCGAGUUUAAUGUUGCUGUAUAUUCGGUGAUUGGGCAAAAGACGAAACCGACUCCUUUUGCCGUACACGCCAAGACGGGCUUACCAAUCAAAUCAGUGACUACUUACAAAGCUGAGGAUGAUGGACAGGAAGAGGAACAAAAAGACGGUGCUCUUCAAGAUAAUUCAAUGUUGCCACCACCUGGUGUACCCCUACAACGUCAUCAGCUUAGCAAUGUGAGAAAUGUUGGUGGAGUAAAGGUGGUGAUUUCACAGGGUGAACGAGACCUAUUCUAUCGUUACCCGAAAGGUUUGAGGUUGAUCGAGUUUUGUCCACUCUCAAAGAUCGAUUUGUGGGAGCAUGUGCGAGUUCCGCUUUCAAUUCGCCCUCACGAGAUGGUUCACACUGGUGCAACUUCAUUAUAUUCUCAUCUUUUCGAGAGAAUGAAGAAGCGACAAAUUGCUGCCAUCUGCGAAUACACGGGACGUGCCAAUCAAAAACCGCGCAACGUUGCAAUUAUUCCGAAUGAAGAGCAAGAUCCACAAGAAGGACUUCACGAGGGCUUGAUCGUCGUUGAGCUACACGAUGCAGAUGACAAACUAGACAUCGAGAAAGCAUUUGAAGAGAAAUUGGCUCCAACAGAGGGUGAGAUUUGGCCAGCUGUCAACAAGAAAUUUGUCGAAGCUGCCAAGAACUUGAGCACGUCGAUUCGAAAGAAUAAAUUCACUCCGACCGCUUAUCCAAAUCCUCAUUUACAAGCAUUUUACACAAUGCUCAAGCGAGAGGCAAACCUCGAAACUCCGGACAACACAAGUGAGAAAUGGAAAGAAGCUAUGGUGAAUGAGUGGGAUCAGAUAAAGCCAUGGUUUGAAAACAGUGCGAUUCCUGCAUCGAGAAUUCAAAAAGCACAAAGCGCAGCUCAAGUUUUUGAAGAAGUUGGAGCCUCAGCCACGAUAAAGAAGCCAACACCAAAGCGUCAGAAAGAUGAUGAUGAGGAAAAGCCUGCCAAGAAAAGCAAGAGUGACGACAAUGAUGGAGUGAAUCUGAAGAAGUUGGCACAGGGAGGGAAACUUGGCUCAUUGACGGUGGCUUUGCUGAAAGAAUACGCUGGAGCCAAUAAAAUCAAUUUCGGUUCAGCGAAAAAGAAAGACGAUCUCAUCGCUGCAAUUUCAACCCAUUAUGGAAUC